GAGUAGCCCUCUCUGCUACUGCAGCCCUACCCCCCACUAUGCUUUUCUUUCUCUCCCUUUUCCCUUACUCAUCUGUUUCUGUAGCUGUUCUAAGAGGAAGGGCACCUGCCGCUCCCUGAUGAUUCAGCCUUUCAGCUACUUGGAGCUCCACACACCAGACAGCAUGUCCCUCCUGCCACUGCAGUGCCCGGCCAUCCUUUUCUCUGCACUACAGCUACUGCAGCUGGCCCAUCACGCCGCCACCGCCUCUUCUGCCCAAGUGCUCAGGUGAGUGAGUGCUGCUGUUCCACCACUGCUCGCUCCUAGACCAUUCCGAACAUUCAAGGAAUCAAAUCCUUUGGCGAUCUUUUUUAUUUUUAUCUGCAGACAAUUUGAGUAUUCUAUUUUUAGACUGAUUGCGUUUCCUGUAAGGGAACAUGAGUAAGGAGUUCCUUCCCCUCUUGCGCAGAAGACUUUCUACAUCCCUCGCAGACUGUUAAAACUCUCACUCUGAAGAGCUUUUGUACUUUCUCCUGAAAUCCCAGCUCCGACUGCAGCCUCAUGAUGGAAAACAUACUCAAGGAGAUUGGUGGCAGACAGCCAUUGUAUGAUGCUCUGAGUUAAUAGCUGAGUUGCUCAGAUAUCCUUCAACCAGCAGUUGGAAAGGAUGACUGAGGGAAUGGAGGACUUCUCUGCUGGGCCAGCUAACCUUGCUGGAUCGGUCACCCCGACAAGGUCCACUGUUGAUACUGGACAAGUCCCAGAGGAGAAACCCAAGGAGACAGCAGCAGCUGGCCAGGAGAGUGGGGAGGAGAGCCUAGAGGGAGGUGGUGGUGGCGACGGGGAGCAUUUAGGGGCUUUGGGAAUAGUGGCUGUGCCAGGGAGCUGCUGUGUGUGUAUGGAGAUGGAACAGAUUAACAAUUGCCUGCACUCUGAGAAAAUCUGCAUUCUUCCCAUCCUGGCCUGUUUGCUGAGCUUAGCCCUAUGCACAGCUGGGCUCAAAUGGGUCUUCGUGGAUAAGAUCUUUCAGUACGAACCACCCACACACUUAGAUCCUAAACGCAUCGGACAGGACCCAAUUAUCAUAUCAGUUACCCCCACACUGGGACUAACUAUGUCUAUUCCUCAUUCAAGUCCGUCUUUUGUCUCCUUGACCACCGCCGUUACUCAAAAACGUUCUGAUGAUUUGAUGGAAAAGAAAUCUACUCAAGGGCCGUACAUGCCUCAUUUGCCACGAGUGACUCUCCCUGAUCCCUCUGUUACAUUGAAAUACAACGCUGAACGUCCCACCGUCCAAAAACAGACUCCCCACCCUCAGACAUCACAGGAAUCAAACGACAUCAUCAUCCCAACAAUAUCUGCCACCAGCUCCACCACUACAACCAAAACCUCCAGUCAUGUGACACGCUGUAGUCACAGCCAGAGGAACUACUGUGUUAAUGGAGGGGAGUGCUUCACCCUUGAAAUCACGCCAGGCAGCACAAAGUUUCUUUGCAGGUGUCCAAAUGAAUUUACUGGGGAUCGCUGCCAAAACUAUGUAAUGGCCAGCUUUUACAAACAUCUUGGGAUUGAAUAUAUGGCUGAGGAGCUGUAUCAGAAACGCAUUUUAACAAUAACAGGAAUCUGCAUUGCACUCCUAGUCGUUGGAAUCAUGUGUGUGGUUGCCUACUGCAAAACUAAGAAGCAAAGGAGGAAGCUCCAUGACCACCUGAGGCAGAGCCUGAGGAAGAAGAGGACCAAAAAUAGCAAUACAGGCAUCGGCUCCAACCUAGCGGACUCAGCUAGAGGAUGUCAGGAUUCUAACUUGCCUCUUCAAGAUUUGCAGCUCAUCGAUCAUUGUAAUAAGAAAACUUCACAGCAUGGAGGUGAGGAGAAGACUGAAACUAACCUCUCCACAAGGAAAAAGGCUUCAUUUGUGCAUGGAGCUACCGCAUUCAGCGACAUCUCUAGUAAGAGGUGUGCACCUGCCAUGACAACCAAGACCCAGCCGUGUCUUGUAUCCCAGACCUCUCCGGCAGGAUCUCCUCCAUCAGAGAUGUCUGCCCCUCUUUCCAGCCUGGCGAUCUCUGUCCCUUCCCUGGCUUUAAGCCCCUCUGGUGAGGAGGAGCGCCCCCUGCUGUUGUCAAAUACAUUUCAGCCAUGCAACUCUCUGAGCCGAGAUGAGCAGAAGAGGACCUCUGCCCACUACAACCAUGGUCAUGUGGCACAUAGCUUACCACCUAGCCCACUGUUUACAAUGGAGAACGGUCACUACAUAGGUGAAUAUGACAACACGGCUGGCAGCCAUGUGUUCUCAGCAUUACCUGAGACGCUGCAAAAUACAAACAACAACAUCAAUCCUGAAAAAAUCCCCAAUGGCCAUAGGCAGCAUAAUGUGGGUGACAACAUGCUAGUGAGGGAAAAAGAGAAGUGUCCGGGGGAACACAAUACGACCCUGCUGCUCAAAGUCAUAGACAGCAGCAGGACUAACCCAGCAUCACCAACUAAUGACACGCAAGACAAGUCAUCCAGUUCCACCGCCAAACACAAUCCAAUAGCUUUGUAAAGUAAAAAGAAAUGGCUGAGAAUCCUUUAUGUUCAGGGCGGAGGAAAUGUAGUCACUACUAAACCUUUAUUUUAUACAAACAAUUUGCUUUAUAAAGAUAGAUGAAACUUUUAUUUUAGUGAUGUAGUAAAUAAAGUUUUAUAAAAAAGAAAUGUACAAAUGUGUUCAUGUCUUGUAGAUAAAGUGCCAUACGCUAGUAUGUAGCAACGAAUGACCGUAUAUUCCAGUGCAGAAAAAUAUCAAUGGUGCCUUUAUGUGUAGUGGGCUUAAGGGAACUGCAAGAUUGUAUUCUGGAACAUAUAUUCACCACUUGAACAAUCGAGAACAACUUGCUAGCUGCUUUUGAUGUCCUGCAGUUGGAAGGCCCCGCUGAAAAAACAGUCAGCUAAUAUAUUCAUAUAAGGUGCAUGCUAUGUGAUUGAGUGCUGUGAUGGAAUGCACAGCUCAUGUGUUUUCCUCUCCAACAGUUAGACCUGAUACUAAACUCAACACCUGGACUAAUGAUCAAUCAGCUCUUAGCCUCCAUUUUAGAAGAGAUUGAAAAUAUGGUUCAAUCAAAAUGUUUUUGUUGAUCUUUAACUCAUAUGGAAUCCUGCUGGUAAUAUAAUUAGUAGAAUAAUUCUCAUAAUUGAUCGAUGCAGUUGCCAUUGCUUAAGUCUGGCUCUGUAGUGUUACUAAUACUGUCACUUAUGUGUUUAAUUGAUUUUGUGAUUUGAUUUACACAUUGCAAGUUUACCUUUAAUAUUUUAGAGGGCACUGCACUAUUGUAGUAUUGCAAUUACAUCAUAUUUAGGUACUCAAAAGGGACAGAUACAGAAAAUAAAUAAUAACAAUUUGACAGAGAAUGGUCAUUGAAAAGGUCAGAGGCUUAAUAUCCUAACUCAUGCUGCUAAUGGUCUUUAAAAACUUGAGUGUCAUGUAUUUCUAUUCUGGCAUGUAUCCACAUCUUUACAUAGUGCUAACUGACUCAGAAAUACAUUGAUGUAUGCACUUAUUUUUUAAAAACCCCAACUUGUGCUCACAUAUGCAAUCUCAUUGUAUGGUUGGUUUUAUAUUCUCUCCUAACAUGAGCAUAUUUUAUCUGCCAGAUUGUCCCCUAUUCUAGAAAAACAUUUAGCAAAAGUAAACAAAAAUAAUGAUUAUUGGGCUUUGUAAUCAUCCAUAGUUUU